AUGACCGCUGCCGAAGCCUUGAAAGCCGUUGAUCUCGCACCAAAUCUGGAGUUCACCUCUUCUCGCAAUGACUCUGCGAUCUACUACACCCAGAGAACCGAUGGUUCAGAAGAUGUUUUCUUCGCCAACAACGGCCUUAGGGAGCAGGUUGAUGUCUUACUCAGCCUCAGAGGACAAGGAUAUCCAAAGAUCUUGAAUCCCACUACUGGCGAAACUGUUGGUUUUGUCAUCAGUAGCCGAUCAGGCCCUCGCACGAAUCUGGCCUAUAACUUUAACCCACCAGAGUCUAUCGUCGUUGUCAUGCGACGGAAGGCGAGAAAGAGUCUUCAUUCAGUGUCCAAAGACGAGCACCAGCUCUUGGCGGCGACACCUUUCGAGUCUUUCGUGGCAACGCCUCACCAAAACAUUUCGUCUUCAUUUGCUGUUACACUAUGGGCAAAGCCGGAGGUUGCACAGUUUGGCACUUCAAACUACAUCAUUUACCCCACGUCAUCAUAUGGGGAUGGACAUGCAUCAAUGUCACUCUCUCUGGGAACCAACGGUAUUCAGAUCGGGGAGGCGACAACUUCUAGCCCCAAGACUGUCAUUGGUCUCAAUGAGACCGCCAACAACUUUGCCGUCUCGGGAUGGACUCAUUUCGCUAUUGUGUAUGAAAAUGACACGCUUUCGCUAUAUGUCAAUGGCGAAAUGAUAAGCAAGGGCACAAAGUCAAGCAACAUUGUGCAUCCAGGUCUGGGACAGCCAGAUGCGCCAGCACGCAUGCCAAAGCGGUUCGACGGUGACCUCGCUGGGCUUGAAGUUCACGCUGAGCCUUUGAAGGCGGCUGAAAUCAAAGCAUUGUUCGAGCAGGGACUGCCACAGCCCAACUCUCCUUCGCCGAUAGAGUUGAGAGGGUCAGACAAAGCCCUUUUCCGCCGCGGUGGAAAUACACUUGUCUCCCUCAAUGGCAGCUGGGAGGUUUCGUUUCCUGCUGAUCGCCUGCCCAAGAAGCGCGGCUCGCUCACAAUUGAAUUGCCUCAGCUCAAAUCUCUGAAGGACCACGAGGAUUUCGACGUCGCCCAUUUCUCCGGAACAGCGACCUACAAGACGAAGUUCCAACUGCCCAAAGAUCACGGUACCAAGACGAGCAAGGGUGCAAAGACAUGUGUACUACUGAACUUGGGCCGAGUUGAAAAUAUUGCCUCAGUCAAGCAGAAUUUUGCCAUCGAGGAAUGGCCGGACUGGUUUGCCAAGGGUUUGGAGGGCAGAGGGUACAACAAUGGGGAUGAGUUUGGAAACGACGGCACCCGUAAGCCUGGAGAGAGGGUGACUUUCACUUCUUGGAAGCACUACGACGAGUCGAGCCCCUUGUUUGAAAGCGGGCUUCUGGGACCUGUCACUGUCACGGUUGCCGAGCUUGUGGACGUAAAGGUGUAA